AGUUUGGGUAAGGUUUAGGUUGUAAAAUUAUUGCAGUUUUGGGUUUGGAUGGAAUAAUAAAAAAUAGAAUAAGCUGACACAAAGAAGGUCUAGGGAAGUGAGAAAGAGAAGAAGAGUCUAAAACUAAAGCGAACGACUUUGGAAACCCAGAGGCAGCGCCUGAAUCAAUCAAUUCUAAAUUCCUAUUUGUCCUCAAAAACCCAAGCAAAGAAUAACAGAAAUCAGUACCCAUUUUUUAUUUUUUCCCUUUCAAUUUAAACACAAAAAGCUAAAGUUUCAGUCCUUGUAUUGGAGACUGGAAACACACCUCUUCACACUUCUCUUUCUCUCUCUCUCCAAAAUCCUUUUUUCCAUAAUAUUUAAACCCUAAGCAUGAUUUCAUCACUACUUUAGGUAUUUAUAUCACCAGUCCCACUAGGCCAAACUUUAAGAAUAAUAAACUCCAUUGCCAUUUUGUGUGUUUUUCUUUUCUCCACCAAACUGCCUACUUAGAAGAAAAAGAAGAGAGCAAGAGUUUUUGUUGGCAAUGGUGAUGGAUGGUGUUGUUUGGAUCAGAGAAGAAGACGACGACAAUACUAAUGUACACAAAUAGAAACGAUUAUAGGGCAAGAAACAACACCUAGAAAUCCCUCAAACAUGGUAUCUUGCUGUUGUAAGAUUCCCAUUUUUGUAUUCAUCUUUCUUCUUCUUGUUAUUUCUUCUUCAAUUUGUGCCACUCAUUCCUCGGAAACCGGCAAUUCCCAAGCAAAUAAUCAAACAUUCCGACCAGAAGAAGAGUCGAAGAAGCUGAAACUAGUAAGGGAACGACUCAACAAGAUCAACAAGCCAGCACUGAAGACGAUUCAGGCAAUUAAUCUUAUUUGCCUCACUUGUCGAUCUCCUCUGUUUGCGUUCUGUUUUACUUUUUCUCUAAAUACUUGUCUUUUUUCUUUUUUUUUGUGCGUGCAGAGUCCAGAUGGUGAUAUUAUAGAUUGCGUCUUAUUGCGUCAUCAACCAGCUUUCGAUCAUCCUAAAUUAAAAGGAAAAAAACCAUUGGAUCCACCGGAGAGUCCAAAUGGUCAUAAUCGAAAGGGAAUGGCGGCGGAAGAUUUUCAGAUGUGGAUGAUGUCGGGUGAAUCGUGUCCGGAAGGAACAAUUCCAAUCAGAAGAACAACAGAAGGAGACAUGUUAAGGGCCUCUUCUGUUGCAAGUUUUGGAAAGAAACCGACAAGACUUGUUAGAAGAGACUCGACUAGCGAUGGCCAUGAGCAUGCAGUUGGGUAUGUGAGCGGAGAUGAAUAUUAUGGAGCAAAAGCUAACAUCAAUGUGUGGGCACCUCGGGUCUCUAAUCAAUACGAAUUCAGCUUAUCUCAAUUGUGGGUCAUUUCUGGUUCAUUUGGCGACGAUCUCAACACCAUUGAAGCUGGAUGGCAGGUGAGUCCAGAGUUAUAUGGGGACUAUUAUCCAAGAUUCUUCACUUAUUGGACCAGCGACGCAUACCAAGCAACAGGGUGCUAUAAUUUGCUGUGUUCAGGAUUUGUGCAAACUAAUAAUAGAAUUGCUAUUGGAGCUGCAAUCUCCCCAACAUCAUCAUAUGGUGGCGGACAAUUUGACAUUAGUCUAUUGGUUUGGAAGGAUCCAAAGCAUGGGAAUUGGUGGCUGGAAUUCGGAUCAGGGAUUCUGGUAGGAUAUUGGCCAUCAAUAUUGUUCACCCACCUCAGAGAUCGUGCAAGCAUGGUACAAUUUGGUGGAGAAAUAGUGAACUCAAGUCCAGGAGGUUCCCACACGUCAACAGAGAUGGGGAGUGGUCAUUUCGCUGGGGAAGGCUUUGGAAAGGCUUCUUAUUUUCGAAAUCUGCAAGUUGUUGAUUGGGAUAAUAACUUGAUCCCAUUACCAAACCUUAAGGUCCUUGCUGAUCAUCCUAAUUGCUAUGACAUCCAAGGAGGUAUAAAUUCUGUUUGGGGCAAUUAUUUUUAUUUUGGAGGACCUGGAAGAAAUGUCAACUGCCCUUAAAGCCAAGGGUAUUGGAAUUAGAUGCUUUUUUUUUUUUUAAAAUUAUUUUACUAUAUACAUAUUCCUUCAAUACUUUUUUUGGGUGGUCAUUCAUCUGUGAGUUUGGGUCUUUUUGGGGAAUUUUUAUAGUAAUUAUUUUUCCUUUUCUUAAUCCCAUUUUUUUGUCUAUAUUGUUCUCUUUUUAUCUUUACUAGCAGGUGUCUAUUAAUUAUACCAGCUUUAGGACUUUAUGUAAUUGUGGAAAAAAUAGUGAAAUAAGCAUGGGGUGUGAAAUUUUUCUUUUUGGUUGGAAA